CUUUUCAUUUCUGCGGUGAUGUUGUUACUGUCCAGUUAUCAAAACAGUUCACGGAGGAUUCAGAAUCCACGUUCAUGUUUAAAAAUAACGCAGACAGUGUAUCAUUGUUCUCGUCCUUGUCCCGCUCGCUGGAAACGUGAAAACCAAGAGUGGAAACGUUCAUCGGAGACAUUUCGAGAGUCAUCCCGCUAGUCUGCCAACUGGUUUGAAGCUAUCGCCGAAGACUUUUUUAUCGUGUAUAAGAUGACCGACUCCCGAAAAUAACGCAGUCGAGUGAUUCAAAAACUGGUGGAGAUAACCCCAAAAAGCCAAGGUCGAGUUCGACAAUGUCCUCUGCGGUCCGCUAUAAUCACAACAGUCCGGACUCCGAAGUGGAAACAGUAAAUCCAACCACUCCGCUGAUGGGGGACAAUAAGAAAAACGCCGGGCCUACUUUGGCCACUCCGGAAAUCUACGAGCAGAACGAUAACCGGGAAGUGGUCACCAAGCCUUAUCCAGGAGUGGACGACGGAUUUUUCGAUAAUGGAAAAACCGAGGUUACGCAUAACGGUAGAAGGACAGAACACGGUGCCGUUGAACCAGAGGAUCCCACUUCGAAGGACCAUAACCCUGACAAGACGGAGGAUGAAAGCGAUGGAACCACAUACAUCAGACGCGUGUCCGGUUCCCACUUCCCAAGGGAGUCGGACUUUUCCGGUCACAACCAUCAUCACAACAGGGACAUCGAGAUCGACACCGCGAUCUUGGAGGAAAUCCCGGAUAUCAAUGUGUACCAACACAAGAAAACGCUCGCUCAGGGGAUGAUGGACUUGGCGCUUUUUUCGGCGAAUGCGAAUCAACUGAGAUAUGUGAUGGAUAGCUUCGCUAGACACCCGUAUUAUUAUCCCAGUAUGAUUUUCAUCAGCAUCAGUUUGAUAUUGCAGGUUGCCAUAGGCGUUCUACUUAUAUGGAAUGCCACUUAUAACGUGAAAGAUGAAAAAGAAGUAUGUAGAGCGAACAAAAUCAACAACUACACCGUCAUUGGAAUUUUUCUUGUCACUGUAGUAAACGUCUUCGUAUCAGCUUUUGGAGUUGCGGAUCCUCAAAUAACCAUCACAAAUAUUCCUGUGCAGAAUAAUUCCACAUAAUUUGUUGAGAUCUAUCAUUACUGCUUGAUUCCUUAAAUAUAUUUUUAUAUGAUUCU